AUGGCGGCGCCCAGCGGCGUCCACCUGCUCGUCCGCAGAGGUUGUCAUAGAAUCUUCUCUUCACCACUCAAUCGUAUCUACUUACACAAGCAGUCAAGCAGUCAACAAAGAAGAAAUUUCUUUUUCCGGAGACAAAGAGAUAUUUCACACAGUAUAGUUUUGCCUGCUGCAGUUUCUUCAGCUCAUCCAGUCCCUAAGCACAUAAAGAAGCCAGACUAUGUGACGACAGGCAUUGUACCCGACUGGGGAGACAGCAUAGAAGUUAAGAAUGAAGAUCAGAUUCAAGGGCUUCGUCAGGCCUGUCAGCUGGCCCGUCAUGUCCUCCUCCUGGCUGGGAAGAGUUUAAAGGUUGACAUGACAACUGAAGAGAUAGAUGCUCUUGUUCAUCAGGAAAUCAUCAGUCAUGAUGCCUAUCCCUCACCUCUAGGCUAUGGAGGCUUUCCAAAAUCUGUUUGUACCUCUGUAAACAACGUGCUAUGUCAUGGUAUUCCUGACAGUCGACCUCUUCGGGAUGGAGAUAUUAUCAACAUUGAUGUCACGGUCUAUUACAACGGCUACCAUGGAGACACCUCUGAAACGUUCUUGGUGGGCAAUGUGGAUGAAUGUGGUAGAAAGUUAGUGGCGGUUGCCAGGAGGUGUAGAGAUGAAGCCAUUGCAGCUUGCAGAGCAGGGGCUCCCUUCUCAGUAAUUGGAAACACAAUCAGCCACAUUACUCAUCAGAAUGGUUUGCAAGUCUGUUCACAUUUUGUGGGACAUGGGAUAGGAUCUUACUUUCAUGGACAUCCAGAAAUUUGGCAUCACGCAAACGACAGCGAUCUACUCAUGGAGGAGGGAAUGGCCUUCACCAUAGAGCCAAUCAUAACCGAGGGAUCCCCUGAAUUUAAAGUCCUGGAGGAUGCGUGGACCGUGGUCUCCCUGGACAAUCAAAGGUCCGCCCAGUUCGAGCACACAGUGGUCAUCACGUCGGAGGGCGCCCAGAUCCUGACCAAACUGCCCCACGAGGCCUGAGGAGCGGCCCCAAGAUCGCAGAGGCUGGGCGCCUUUUCUCCUCCAUUGCCGAAAUCCCCGCUGGAGAACUUGGAGCAGAACCGGGCGGCAGGAUGGGGGGCAGUGGCCUGCCCGGGACCUGGAGGCGCCUUGGAAAACGCGGUGGGGAUGGGGGGCAGCUGGGAACGCAGAUCUGAAGCCCUGCCUGGCGGCGCGGCUGCGAUCCUGGAGCGGGACUGUGUUUCCCAACUCGGGAAACGUUUCUUGAGGGGGAAUGGGACGUCCUCGUUUGGAAGACGCAUGAUUCCUGUAGGUGCAUGGUUUUCUCUUUCCCUUGUCUUAACUCUGCCCAAGUAAA